AUGGAACACAACGGUUUCUCGUUCUCAAUACUCUGUGGGACGUUAUUUUCUCUGCUGGAGCUGCACGCUUCCCUUGGUGAUAUCACCUAUUCUAUUCCAGAAGAGAUGAAACGUGGAUCUGUGAUCGGAAAUAUAGCAACGGAUCUGGGGCUGGGUGCUGACAGUUUGUCGGCUCGUGAGGCUAGGUUAGACGUGGAUGGCAGAAGUAGACUCUACUGUGAAAUUAAUGCUAAUUCCGGGGAUUUGGUCGUUGCUGAAACAAUAGAUAGAGAAGAGCUGUGUGGUCCAAGGGUUGCAUGCGCUUUGAAAUACGAGCUUGUGCUUGAAAAUCCUUUAGAAUUGCACCGUAUUAUCGUUCAAAUACAGGAUAUAAAUGAUAAUUCACCUAGAUUUCCAAGUGAACACUUACAGUUAGAGAUAAGCGAGUCCGCGGUGAAGGGGCAACGUUUUCCCUUAAACGAAGCCCAUGACGCAGACGUAGGAAUAAACGCGGUUCAAAGCUAUACGCUUGAGAGAAAUGACCAUUUUGUUUUGGCUGUUAAUACAAAUAAAGACGGUGGUAAAUAUGGAGAGUUGGUUUUAGAGAAGGAGUUAGAUCGAGAACAGCAGCAGGAGGUGACAUUGUUACUUAGUGCGGUUGACGGGGGGACUCCACGGAGAUCUGGUACUGCAAUUAUCCAUGUCACUGUGUUGGAUGCCAACGAUAAUAUUCCAGUUUUCAGUCAGACUGCCUACAAGGUCAGUCUUCCAGAAAAUUCUCCUUUGGAUACUGUAGUAGUUACAGUGAGUGCUACAGAUGCUGACGAGGGACAAAAUGGUGAAGUGAUUUAUGAUUUCAGUGGAAUAUCUGAUAAAGCAGCGAGGCUAUUUUCAAUUGAAAGGGAGACCGGAAAAAUUAAAGUAAUUGGGCCAAUAGAUUUUGAAGUGGAAGCUUAUUAUGAAAUGCGUGUCCAGGCACAAGACGGAGCCGGGUUAGUUUCUAACACAAAAGUAAUUUUCGAAAUCACAGAUAUUAAUGAUAACGCACCAGCAAUAUUCCUAAAAUCUAUGAAAAUUCCCAUCCUUGAGAACGUGUUACCUGGCACAGAGGUGGGCAUCAUUAAUGUAAUGGAUAAAGACUCUGAGGGAAACAGACAGGUUCACUGCUCCAUUCAACAAAACGUUCCUUUUAAACUAAAUCCCUCAAUCCAAAACUAUUAUUCUCUGGUAACAACUAGUGAACUAGACCGAGAGAUAAUAUCAGAUUAUAACAUAACUAUCACUGCCACUGACGAGGGGUCUCCACCCUUAUCCUCCUCCAAGACCAUUCAUUUAUCUGUGUCAGACGUGAAUGACAACCCACCUGUGUUUGAAGAACAAUCCUACAGCGCCUAUGUGACUGAAAAUAACAAGCCAGGCUCCUCUAUGUGUUCAGUUACUGCCAGAGACCCAGACUGGAGACAGAAUGGCACAGUGGUCUAUUCUCUAUUGCCCAGUGAGGUCAACGGUGUUCCAAUGUCCUCCUUUUUAUCCAUUAACGGAGACACAGGGGUGAUCCAUGCUGUGAGAGCAUUUGACUAUGAGCAGUUUAGGAGCUUCAAAGUCCACGUUGUAGCCAGAGACAAUGGUUCUCCUCCACUCAGCAGUAACGUGACUGUGAGUGUCUUCAUAACAGAUGAGAAUGAUAACUCUCCCCAGAUAUUAUAUCCUGCUCCAGCAGGAAACUCCUUGAUGACUGAGAUGGUCCCCAAAGCUGCUCUGGCGGGGUCCCUGGUUUCCAAGGUGAUAGCUGUGGAUGCUGACUCUGGACAGAACGCGUGGCUUUCAUAUCAGAUUGUAAAAUCGACUGAUCCGGGACUUUUCACUAUUGGUCUCCACAGUGGAGAGAUCAGGGCACAGCGGGACAUUACUGAAUCUGACAGUAUGAAGCAGAACCUUGUUAUAUCAGUGAAAGAUAACGGACAGCCCUCUCUCUCUACAACCUGUGAUGUAUAUUUACUUGUAUCAGACAACUUGGCGGAAGUUCCUGAACUGAAAGACAUUUCUCAUGAGGAGAGUUCCAAACUAACUUCCUAUUUGAUCAUUGCACUAGUUUCUGUUUCCACCUUUUUCCUGACUUUCAUUAUUCUCAUCCUGGCCGUGAAGUUCUGUCGUAGGACAAAGCCUAGAAUGUUGUUUGAUGGAGCAGUCGCCAUUCCCAGCGCGUAUUUCCCUCCCAACUAUGCAGAUGUGGAUGGAACUGGAACUCUGCGUAGUUCUUACAAUUAUGACGCUUACCUGACAACCGGUUCACGUACCAGUGACUUUAAGUUUGUCAGAUCUUACAAUGACCACACCCUGCCAGCUGAUUCAACACCAAGGAAUAAACAAGAUGAUAACUGUGAAGCUAUGGAAACUGGAUCACAAUAUUUGACUAUGGUAAUGGAACAUGUUGCCUACUAAAUCUGGGGUAGAGUACCAGUGGGACGUUCAUGGGAGAGAGUAAUGUGUUUUGGUUGUCUUUUACUGUGUGUACUGAUCCAUACUAGAACAUUUCAUUUUACAAGUGGGUUAAUAGCAGGUAUAACAUUUGGAAAAUGUGAUCAACCGGGAGAGGUGGUGGGUGUCAUGGCGAGGUUCAGGGUGAAAAGCGAGUCAGUGUUUGCUAAUAGUUAGAACUAUUUGAAAAUGUCACAUUUAUGACUUUUGGCGUGGUGUGUUGUGAAUAAUGUUGGUAAGAAAUUGAUUUACUUUACCCUUCUUUUGACCGCUGGUAUGAGUCAAGCCAGACAUACAUACUGUAGAUUGUAGAACUUUUGCUGAUUACCAAUCACGGGAUGUUUCACCUUGACUUCAUUAGGACUGGGCUGGGCUGUAUCAGGGGAGCUAAAAGUUCCCAAUUUACUUUCCAGUCUUUAACGUACAACUGUAUAAAAAACGGUUAUUGUUAUUCAAUAUGUUGCUGUAGAUAGUUGUGUAGAUGGCUGUCUUUUAGAAUGUUUUCAUAAUUUGACAUUUUAACAGCACAGGUCAACAUAUUUAACAUUCCUUAGCAGAUUCACACGGUGAUGAAUUACUCACUAAAUGGCAUGGGGAGAAGGUUUGACUGAACUGGCGAGGUGUACACUGUUUCCAUUAGUGUGUUUAUGGACUAGACUGAUGGCCAUGGCAUCACAGCAUGAAGGAGUGUAAAGAGGCUUGCCUGGUUUAUCUGAGGUCACUCCAGGGUCACUCUUCCAGCGUCCAAGUUUCUGUCAAAGAAGAUUUCUGUCUUCUAUGUUAAACUAGCUCAGAUAAAGAGACACUGUGGCUUAAAAGACACAUAUGACAACACAUUCUUAGGCCCAAUG